AUGCCGCCCGAUCGCAAUUCCGCCACCCAGCGACCUGGUGGUCAGGGCUGCGAGAGAUGUUAUCGUCUGAAGAAACCUUGCCUGCCCGGCGACUCGACUCGCGUACCGGCCCAAAAGAACAACCCCUUCUCUCGCAUUGAUCGUCUAGAAGAGAAGCUCGAUGGCCUUGUUCACCUCUUGGGUGGCGGGCCAGUCUCGUUGAACAAUGCCUCUCAUCCGGGUGCUGAUCACCUUACCCCACCCGCCUCCACCUCCAUUGCCAUCUCCCCUCUCUCCACUACAAGUGGAGCCUCAUCGGCGGCAACCUCAUCCCUAACAUUAGAUCUGUCACCGGAACAAUGCUUAGUGAAGUUUCGCACCCACAUGCUCAAAUAUUUCGCUUUCUUGCAUAUUCCUGUUGAUGCACAAUGUCUGCGCCGAGAACGACCGUUCUUGUUCCUCUGCAUCAUGGCUGCGUCUGCCCAAUCAACGCAGACAAAGAUUGAACUUGGAGAACGAAUCAAAGAGACCUUAACAGAACGUAUCUUUCUAGACAAUGACUCGACCGCGGUCAACAUCGAUUUGCUGCUCGGUCUAUUGACAUUCCUCGCUUGGGGCCACGACCAUUUACUCCACGGUACUGCGGCGAGGUUGUCACGUUUUACCCAGCUGGCCAUGUCGUUGGUGUUUGACCUUCGUCUCAACAAGCCACUCCCAGAUGAUCCCAACAUGCUCCCUGUAGGGGGGAAUUGCCUGGUCCUAAAUGAUCCGGCCAGAUCUCUAGAGGAGAGACGUGCUGUUCUGGGUGUUUCUUCGUACUUUGCCCAGAUUGAUGCAAUGCAGUGGACGCCGUAUAUGGAAGAAUGUCUAGAUGUCCUGAGUCGAAGUGCGGAAUCCCCCUACGACGAGAUGUUUGCACAUCAGGUCAGACUGCAGCGCAUUGCAGGGGAGGUAGAAAGCGCAAGAAGCACAACAACAUCUCCGCCGGCCUUCUAUCUGAGCGCUCUUCAACUAAAGGUUAAUGAAGUUAAGGCACAAAUCUCACCACAUUUGCAGCAAGAGGCGCCACUCCUGGCUUCCUUAUAUUUCACAGAAUUAAGCAUGUGCAGCCUGGCAUUGUCCAAACAAAAUGUCUCUGGCCCUAGUUUUCAACGAAUUGGCUGUCUCUACGCAUGUCUCAACACGGUCAAACUGGCCUUUGAAAAUUUCUUCAACAUUCCGCUGGUCGAAUACGCUGGCCUUUCCUUUCCCUUCUUUGCCCAGCUCGCUCGCUACCUCAUUGUUCUGUCCAGGCUGUCAACUCUGAACGACCCCAGCUGGGAUAACAAUCUGGCACGGUCAACGGUCGACGUUCUGCAAGUGAUUGACCAAUUGAUCAACAAUAUCCAGCACGCUAAAGUGGCGGAUGGCGAAGAGUGUACGGGCGGCCCGCUGGAUAAAUCGACGAGAAUUUUCACGUCGGUUAGAACUUGGUGUGCAACAAAACUAGCGGAGGGUGGUGUCGAAGGGGUACAUGUCGGAAAUACUGGUUUCCAACCGGAUGGAAACAGUGGCAUGCAGCUCGAAGCGUUGUUCCUCGAAGAUGGUUGGUGGAGGGAUAGCUUCGAUGUAAUUUUGGGCGGGGACUAA